GAGAUUAUCACCAUGAUCAUUUUCAUUCUGAUGGCAGUUUUGUGGUUUACAAGAAACCCAGGUUUCAUGCCUGGCUGGUCGUCAUUGUUUCCUGAUUACCCAGGAUACGCUACGGAUGCCACUGUAGCGCUGCUGCUGGGUUUCAUGUUCUUCAUCAUCCCCGCACACAAACCAAAUGCAGAGCGCUACGAGGCCUUGAUAACGUGGAAGGACUUCCAGGCCUGUAUGCCAUGGGAGAUCAGUCUGCUCGUGGGUGGUGGUUUCGCUUUGGCUGAAGGCACAAAGAGACAUCAGAGCCAGCGGCAAAUGUCGGAAGGACUAGCCGAGCUAAGGCUGCUCUAUGCGGAUACAUGA